AUGAUAUUAAGGAGCGUAGCAGCCCGCAGCUGCCCCCGCGCCCUCGCACGACAUGCCCCGCUGCGACGAUUUCUCUCCACCGAGACUGAGUCUAUCCAUGCUUCAGCCGAGAACAGCCUGAAGCAGCUGCAGUCGAUAGAGGCCCAACUCAACACCCACCUCACCCAACCAGUGCCCUCGGUCGACCCUGAAACACACGGAACUCCCGCCGCAGCCACAGACAAUGUCGCGGAACAGUACCGCAUGUACAAGCAGCAGUCCAAGCAGAUGGGCAAGCUUGGAACCGUCGUGCUGCCUCACUACCAACCCCACACCCUACUGAACCACCCCCCUUCGCCCGCCGACGUCACUCUCGAACUCCUCCUGGCCUCGGAAGCCCACCAGGGCCAUGUGACCUCACUUUGGAAUCCUGCAAAUGCUCGCUAUAUUCACGGCAUACGGCAGGGUGUGCACAUCAUCUCGCUCGAGGUGACGGCUGCCCACCUGCGCCGUGCUGCCAAGAUCGUCCAGGAGGUCUCUAGGAGGGCAGGCAUGAUUCUGUUUGUGGGAACCCGCGAUGGACAGGAAAGGGCCGUUGCGCGCGCCGCUGAGCUGGCCAAGGGUUACCAUCUGUUCGAGCGCUGGAUACCGGGAAGCAUCACCAACGGACAGCAAAUCCUGGGCAAGUGCAGGACAAAGGUGGUCAAUGAGCUGGACGAGGAAGUUCCCGGCUUCGAAGAACAGCUCCUUGCAAGGCCAGUGCUGCGACCGGAUCUUGUUGUCUGCAUGAACCCACUCGAAAAUUACGUUCUGCUCCAUGAGUGUGCCCUCAACAACAUCCCCACGAUUGGCGUCAUCGAUACCAAUGCGGACCCUACCUGGGUCACGUACCCCAUUCCGGCCAACGAUGACAGUCUCCGUUGUAUCCAAGUCAUUGCAGGUGUACUAGGUCGGGCUGGUGAAGCAGGCCAAAAGCAACGCCUCGCCGCUGCUGCCCAAGGCAAAAUAACCUACCUUCCGGCCCAAGGUCUCACAAAAGUUGAUGCAGACGUCGACGGUGCGGCACCAGACGCCGGCGUAAUAACAAGCGACUCUACCUUGCGCAUAGGCAACGCGGUGCCGAGAGAGCGCGUCGACGAGACAGCCGAAACGCUAGAGACGGGUCUUGAAAAUGCCGAUAAAAUGGAAACCAAAAUGGACGACGUGAACAACCACGAAAGUCACCGCACCAGGCAAGGCAGGGACAUCAAAGUCACCUCCUAA